CUUGGAGAAGUCCUACGGAGUAGUACCUUGACCGACCUUCACCGCGGGCGCAACUGCUCAAGAAGGAAAAGUGACGAUUAAGUAGGAGAUUAUCUUUCUUCUACGGUCUCACGCAAUAUUCUUUGAUUCCCCCCAAGUCGCAUUCGUGCGCAAAUCAUAGCCCAGAAUGGCGGCCAACAAGCAGGGCAAGAUGCAAAACCUCAUCAACUACCGGAUGAGAGUUACUUUGAACGAUGGCCGACAGAUGACGGGACAGAUGCUGGCUUUCGAUAAGCACAUGAACCUUGUUCUCGCCGAUACAGAAGAAUUCCGUCGCGUCAAGCGCAAGUCCAAGCCCGCCGCCGGCUCGACCACCGCCCCUCUCGUUGAGGCGGAAGAAAAGAGAACCCUCGGCCUCACCAUCGUUCGCGGUACCCAUGUCGUCUCUUGCUCCGUCGAUGGACCUCCCCCCGCCGAUCCCUCUGCCCGACUUGGCGCCAGCGCUCCCGGCGCUGCUGCCGCCGCGGCCACUCUCGCUGCUGGCCCUGGAAUUAGCAAACCCGCUGGACGUGGUCUGCCGGUCGGUCUCGGAGGCCCUGCUGCAGGUGUUGGAGGACCCCCUCCUCCGCCCGGCGGUUUCCCCGGCUUCCCUCCGGGUGGUUUCCCAGGCGCGCCGCCUCCGGGAUUCGCUGGUCGCGGAGGUGCUCCAGGAGGACCUCCUGGCUUUGCUCCUCCCCCCGGCUUCGCGCCCCAGGGUGCUCCUCCGGGUGCCUUCCAACCCCCUCCGGGCUUCCAGCCUCCUGGCCAGGGACGCGGUUACCCCCCUCCCGGCUUUGGCGGACGGUGAUUACAUAUCAUGUGGUGCGGCAUGAUGGCUUGCAAGUUGGCCAUCAUACGAGCAUGGCGGAGUCUUCGAGUUCCAAAUUUAGCAACCAAUUCUCACUCCCUAUUCAUCGCCUAUGUGACGAAGCUCAAAAGAAUAGGCACAGUACCUCGAGUUUUACCAGGCAAAGGCGUUGCGGCGUGUGCGGAUGCAGGGAAUGCCCCGACAAAAGAAAAGGUCGACCGAAAACGGCCAGGACCGACAGAAGUAAUGCCGG